AUGUCCAGGUUGGAGGGGAAAAAACAAAAGGCCUGCAAGCAACAGGAAAGGACAUCAGGGCAGGAGAGUGAGGACAGCGGUGACAAGGAGGGUAAAUCCACCACAAACAGCAAGAAACACAGUUCUAGAAAGAAGUGUGGAAAGCGUGUUGGUGUCAGGGGAAAAGUCACUGAGUCGGAGUCUAUAAAGGCAAUUGCAGAGCAAAGUGCUGAGGGUUCUUUUCGGAAAGAGAACCCACCAGAGAAGGCACAGAACCCCAGGGGAAAGCACAGAGGGAAACAUGGCUUUAAGGAGGCUUCUGGGCAGAAGUCAAGUCCUCAAUCCCAAGGCAGUACAGCACAGGGAAAAGGUGAGAGGACUGGGAAAAAGAAAGUUGAAAAAUAUGCCAGGAUUGUUAUCACUGAAAGUGAAGAAGAAAAUUUCCUGGAAACCUCAGGUAACUCCUGCUCUGACUCCAGCAGUGAAGGCCAUGGGACCCAAGAAACGGGUACAAAAGAGACUGUAGUGGGCAGCACUUCCAGCAGUGAAGAGAAGAGCAGCUCUUCAGAAGAGAAGAGCAGUUCGGAAGAGAAGGGCAGUUCUUCAGAACAGAGGAACAGUUCAGAAGAGAAGAGCAGUUCUUCAGAAGAGAAAGGUAGUUCAGAAGAGAGGAGCAGUUCAGACGAGGAAGAUGGCAACAGUGAGAAAGAAGCCGUGCUCGAAGGUCCUCCUGUGACUGAAGGCAAAGGCUACAAGGAAGUGGUUGAUGAAAGCAAUGAAGCAUCUAUUGAACCUAAAAGGGAGGAGGAAACCACAGGUGGAAAAAUUGAAUCUGAGGAUGAAGACACAAUCCGUGCAGGAUUGGAAGCAGAGGAGAAGAUGAAGAAGCAAGAUGACAUGCCGACACAACCAAAAUGUAUUCUAGCUGAGAACAGUGGGGCAGAUGAUGAGGUAAACAUUUCAGAAUUCCAAGUUAAGAGUCUUAGGAACAGAGAAAAUAAUGAAGUAGACAAGGAAAAUAUACUAGAAAAUGACAGAGUUCAAGAUGUAUGUAAAGAAGGACAUAUAAAUUCUGACAGUGUUGGGGAGAAUAGAACUGAAGAGACCACUGAUGAAGGAAAGGAAAAUGCAACAAAACCACUGCCAAGUGCUGUGAAAGCAAAACUCCAUGUUGGACUUAGCAAAGUACAUCAAGGAUCUGAACAGGAGGAGAUGGUGAACAGUGAAGGCAGUGUGCUGGAAGACAGCCCUUUGCUCUCCAAACAGCAGAGGACUCUGAAGGAGAAGUCUGGGAGGUGUGAGAUCGCAGAACAAGGUGAAGAGGUAGCACAUGGACAGAGGGACAGUUCAUCAGACUGCAGCAAGCAGGAAUUAGCAGCGAUGAUGCUCACAAAGAAAAGUUCUCAAUCCCAAAUCCCUCUCAGUCUGAAAAAGAAGCAUAAAAAUGCUGAGACCAAACUAUUACCAAGCUGUGAACCGAAUCCUGUCCAGAUGGCUUUGGGAACCAACUCAGACCUGAAAAAUGUUGAAAGCAUCUGUUCAAAACCCAUGACUCUAGAAACCCUCAGUAAACAAAAAGAACCUGACAUAGCUCAAAGUUUUGGAGAGAAAAGAUCAAAUACUUCAAGCUGCUCCAUGAUUGUUAAAAAAUCAUCUGAUAAGCAGCUCCUUGGAAAGAAGAAGAAAGUUGGAAAAGUUACUGGAAAAGUUAAACUGAGUUCAGGCCAGACUUCAGAGGCAAAAGAAGAGAAAGCAGAAGAAGUGCUUGCAGAGGCACCUUCCGAAACAGAACAUGGGCAUGAUUGGAAAGGAUCCAAGCACUUGCACACUCAGUCUACUUUUAGAAAAGUCACCAGCUGGCUUGGGCAAAAACCUGCCAAGAAAUCAAGGCUGAAAGCUCGUCUGCUGAGAGUGGCACGUGCAAUUGGGAUUUCAAGAUGGCUCUUGAAGAAAUUUGCGUGGCUGAACGCGGAGCUGCUGCUGCCACGCCUGACCAUCGAGAACCUGAGCAAGUGGGCCAUCUACAGGGACCCACAGCUGGCCAGCAGCCAUGUGAGGAAGGUCUGCAAGGAGCAGUGGGAGGCAGAAGAUGUCGCUGACGACGUGCUAGAGAUGGAGUUCAUGCAGAAACAGGUGUACAGGUGUGAAGACCUCUGUGCAGAAGUUGAGGAGAUUGAAGAUCUAACCAGACUGGAGGAAGUCUCUGAGAGCUCAGUCCUGCUGUGCCUGAAGAAGAGGUUCCACCGCAACCUCAUUUAUACUUACAUUGGGCAAAUUUUGGUUUCUGUGAAUCCUUUCAAAGACCUCAGUAUCUACUCUGAAGAUGUGGCUACCCGACACGUCUUUGCCAUAGCAGAGAUGGCCUACACGCUGUCCCAGUCGUCAGGGCAGGAGCAGUGUGUCAUCAUCAGCUUCCUUACCUCUUGUUCCUCCAGUGGACACAGUGGAUCAGGUAAAACAGAAGCUGCCAAAGCAAUUGUGCAAUACCUGACCCUGCUGUACCAGAGAUCAGACAGCCACAGGAUCAGACAGCCCUGCCAUGUCCUGCCCAUCCUGGAGAGUUUUGGAAAUGCCAGAACCAUCCUCAAUGACAACUCAAGCCGUUUUGGAAAGCUUCUGAACGUCCACCUGCGACAUGGUGUCGUGGUGGGGACUUCCAUCUCCCAGUACCUGCUGGAGAAGUCCCGAGUGGUAUUUCAGGGCAGAGCAUGUGACAUCCUGGGGAAGGAGGACAGUCAGGACUUUCUGGUCUUGGUGCAAGCUCUGGAGGGGAUCUGCCUCUCUGAGGACCAGCUGAACUCCACCUGGGCUGUCCUGGCUGCCAUUCUGCAGCUGGGGAACAUCUGCUUUACCUCCUGCGAGGUGACAUCAUAUGAUCGGAUCUUCACCCCUCUGUCUGUAGAAGGAGCCAUUGAUGCCAGGGACUCCAUUGCCAAGACCCUGUACUAUCUGCUUUUUGAGUGGCUGCUGCUGAGGAUCAACGAGUGGUUGGCUCCCUGGGAAUCAGACUGUGCCGUGGGAAUUGUGGACAUACACGGUUUUGAGGAUCUCGGGUUGAACAGCUUGGAGCAGCUCUGCAUCAACUUUGCCAAUGAGCACCUCCAGCAGUUUUUCAGUCAGACUGUCAUUGCCCAGGAAGAGGAGGAAUACAGCCAAGAGCAGUUAGCUUGGAUUCCUAUUUCCAAGAUGUACAGCGAGUCGUGCCUCGAUUUCCUCACUGCAAAACCCCACGGCAUCUUGUGUAUCCUGGAUGACCAGACAUCACUGACUCAGGCCACAGACCACACUUUCCUCCAAAAGUGUCACUACCAUCAUGGAAACAGCCCCUGGUAUGCCAAGCCCAAGCUGCCCUUGCCAGUGUUCACUGUGAAGCACUAUGCAGGCCCUGUCACCUACCAGGUCCACAAGUUUCUUAAUAAAAACCGUGACCAGCUGCGUCCAGAGGUGCUGGACAUCUUCUCUCAGAGCCGCCUCAAGGUGGUGUCUCAUAUUUUCCAGAAGGCUAAAGCUGCCUAUAGUCAGCAAAGGAAGCUGGGGCCGAGGGGCAAAGGGCUCAAGCCUCAGGCCUCCACACUGGUGUCCAAAUUCCAGCAGUCUUUGCAGGACCUCACAGCCAAGCUGAGAAGGAGCCAUGCCUUCUUCAUUCGGUGCAUCACUCCUAAUCCCAAAAAGCUGUCAAAUAUCUUUGAUGUGGAGUAUGUCACUUGUCAGCUGCGACAUUCUGGGAUACUGGAGGCUAUCCACAUCAGAAAGGAGGGAUACCCCAUCCGUCUUCCAUUCCAGAACUUCCUGGCCAGGUAUGGACUCCUGGCUGGGCGAGGGCUCAGCUGCCUGGAGGAGAGAGAAGGCUGUGCAGCAGUGCUGGCUCGUGUGCUGGGGAACCCCUCGGAGCUCUAUCAGAUUGGAGUAACAAAGGUCUUUCUGAAGGAGAAGGCCAGGCAGCUGCUGGAGCGACGAUGGAUGCAGAGGCAGAGCUGGGCUGUUGUUACUCUGCAGAGGAAAUUCCGGUGCCUCCUUCACCGCAGACGCCUCCGUGUCCUCCAGGAGAAAGUCACAGUCAUUCAGGCUCACUUCCGAGGCUACCAGGCAAGGAAGCGUUACAGGAGGCUGAAGAAGACUUUGGUGCAAUUUAAUACCAUGAUUUUAAUCUCCAGACCUUUGAUUCAAAGGAGGAAGCGCUGCCAGGACGUGGGGCUGCUGGAGAUCCCCGCAGAGCUUGCAGCCCUCGUGCAGUUUGUUGAAGAUCUCUCUCCUGAAGUGAGGCCUUGUGGUCUCAAAGGUGUGAGGCUGUCCCUGCUUGGAGGUCUAAGGCAGCAGGGGUGGGCUGUGUGUCCCUGGAGCCAGGGGCUGGCACAGAGGCAGGGUGAGAUGCCACGUGUGGCUGGGUGUGUUCUGUCUCCCACCUGCCACAACACCAGAGCUCCUUCUCUUGCAGGUCGACACCAAGCACAGACCAACCAGAUAACAGAGGCAUUGCCUCCAGAAAUCAAGGUCAAAGAUGACCUUUCCCUCCCACCCACCAUCAACAGCUAUCCCUUCUCCUCCUUCGUUAAGUCACACUUCCAGAAGCCAGAAUUCCCUGCCCUUGGUCAGCCUCUGCAUCACCCCUUAACCCAGCUGGGCACCGAACACCACGAGAGUGCACUUGAGAUCAACAAACUGGCCCUGCAGCAGCCUGGCAGAGAUCACAUGCAGCCCCUUAGGGUUGCUGUGUUCUUGGUGAGGCACAGACCAACCACAGACCCCUGGGAUCAGAGUGAAUUGCCUGGUGAUGUAGCCUCAGAAUUCAGCAGGGCAUACAGGAAUCAGACUGCUAAGCCUUAUGUUUGCAUUUUGCGGUUCAUUGGUGACAAGAGCCUCCAUGGCUGGCAGGAGGUGCUCCUGGGCAACUACAUUGCUGGCAGAGGUUUGAGUACCACGGCUCUGCGUGACGAAAUCUUCAGCCAGGUGGUUGCCCAGGCAUGGAAGAACCCAGACGUGGAGCACAGCCAGCGAGCCUGGGUCCUGAUGGCAACUGUGCUGAGCUGCUUUGUGCCUUCACCAGCACUGGAGAAGCCCUUGCUGAAAUUUGUGUCAGACCAUGGCAUGGAGGGCUACAACGCUGUCUGCCAGCGCAAGAUCCUGACAGCAGCACAUCACACAGAGACAGGCUCUGCGUCCUCUCGGGCCUACCCUCCCACUCGGCUGGAGUGGACAGCAAACCAGAGGAGAGGGAAGAUUGUGCUGGAUGUUCAUACCUUUAAUGAGGAGGUGUUCUCAGCUGAGGUGGAGUCCUGGAUGACUGGGGAGCAGUUUGCAGCCUGGAUCCUAAAUGCAAGGGGCUGUGAUAAGAAGACUCGAGGGUGGUCUGUCUCCAUGUUAACUGGCAACACAUGGCAGGACCUGCUGGGCUGUGACUUUGUGCUGGACCUCAUUGGAGAGAUGGAGGAGACCAGCAACUUCAGCAGCGCUUCCCAGUCCCCAGCUGAGUUCCCCAUCGCUCCAGAAAGGGACAGGAGCACCUACCAGUUCUCUGACCUGGAUUCGAUCCCUCCUGCUCCAGGCAUUCAGGCCCCUUCCUUCCCACCCCCUAGCCUGCCUCCAGAAUUCAUGGAUCUCCAUCCAGAUGCAAGGAUUAGGGAUGACCUGAGGACCCCCGUAGGCCUGGACCACUAUGUGGAUGAUCUCUUCAGCCCUGUGCUGCAUCAGGGCUCCAGACUAUCAGAUUUGGAGAACAGGGACAGUCUCACUGGACGCAUGAAAGGAGGUGGGAAGAUUGGACCCACAGGGAGAGGAAUCCUUCCUUCUACAGGCUUCCCUGGAAUGGCUCAAGCACCAGUUUACCAGCCCAUGCCUUCCAUGAUGGGGGUGCCAGCAGCCAUGCCCAUGAUGCCAGGGGCUGGUGGGAUCACACCUAUGCCAGCCAUGGUUAUGCCCCAGCCCCUGGUUCCAGCUGUGGAUCCCAACCAGUUGGCAGCACAGCAGCAAGCCUUUAUCAACCAGCAAGCCAUGCUCAUGGCCCAGCAGAUGACCCUUCAGGCCAUGAGCAUUUCCCAGCAACAGCAGCAGCAGCUGCAAAAGUCUCUUGAGAAGUCAAGGCCAAGAGUCUCAAGUCCACCACAAGUCCAACCUCCAGCCACUGCCCCAAAACCCAAGAAGCCUCCCACAAGCCAGGACGCUGCAACACCACCAGAGUCUUCAGAACCACCAGCUAAGGGUUAUGACUACACAGGAGAUGAGUUCUCCAGCAGUGGAGAUGAUGACUCUCCUCGGGAAACCUUCCAGCAGAAGAGACAAUAUUUUCAGAGGAUGGGAGAGCAACACAUCCGAGUGAAGAAAGUCAGGCCUCCUACCAAAAUCUGGACUCCACCAGUAAAUCCCCAGCCAGAGCAGAAGGAGGAGAAAAAACAGGAGCAGCAGAGGAAAGAAGUGAAGCCUGUCCCCAAACCAGAGGCAGCUCCUGCUUCCCCUGUGCCAUCUCCUGAGCCAAAGCCAAUAAAGCAGACACCAAAAGUGAAGAAGGAGCCACCUGUAGUGAAGCCUUCAGGCCCCGAGUCACGUCCUGCACCGAGCCGUGAGAUCGGCAACAUCAUCAAAAUGUACCAGAGCCGACCAGCCCCUGAGCCCCAGCCCAUCGAGCCUGUAAGGGUAAACAAGCCGUUUAUAAAGAGGAAUGACCCCAAAAACGAGGCUCUGGCCAAGCUGGGAAUGAUGAAUACCUCAUCUCAUCCAUCACCAUCUCCUGUGCCACAAGAGAAGAAAGUACCUCCACCUAUCAAGCCCAAGCCAGGCUCAGCUUCCAGAUCUAUCAAGGAGAAGCAGUUGCCUCUCCUGUCCAUCUUCAAGCCAGAUGGUACCCCACCAGCACCUGAGAGCCCUCGUGCUCCCCCUCUUCCUCCACCACUGCCUUCACCUCUAAAGCCUGAGGACCAAGAAAGGCAGGAAUCCACAGGGAGGGACUCUGCUGUGACAGUAGCAGAUGAUGAUGGCAUCAAGACCCAGCUGUACAAGCUCACCACCAGUGUCAGCUUCUCCUACGUGGACCCUGCCUGGAAAAUCUUCCUGCGCAAAGAGGUGUUUUACCCCAAAGAAAAUUUCAGCCACCCUUAUUGCCUGAACUUGCUGUGUGAACAGAUCAUCCGUGACACUUUCUCCAACUCCUGCUUUCGGAUCUCCAAGGAGGAGAAGCGCAAGAUGAAAGACCUGCUGACGGAGUUCCAGGUUGGCAACGAUGUCCAGUCCAUCAAGGAGGAUGGAAUAAAGAAGAGGAUUGUACUGGCUGCUCGGGAUAACUGGGCCAACUAUUUCUCCCGCCUCUUCCCAGUUCAUGGUGAAGAGGGAAGUGAUGUGCAGGUCCUGGGUGUUUCUCACCGGGGCAUUCGGCUGCUGAAGGUGGAGAAAGCAGCUGCAUAUAAUCCUGAGCACCUCAAGAUUCUUCGCAGCUACUGCUUUGCAGAUGUGCUGUCAGUGGAGCUGAAGGGCAGCAGUGCCCUGGAGUUCUCUCUGAAGACAGAGCAGCUCCUCCUGCACUCUCUGAAGGCUCCGUGCAUCAAGGCCAUGGUGGAACUCUUCAUGCAGGAGCUGAGGCAGGACACCAACUACGUUGUUGCUCUGCGCAGCUACGUUGUGGAUGACAAGAGCCUCCUCAGCUUCAGGAAGGGCGACCUCAUUGAGCUGCUGCCCAUGCAAGACGUGGAGCCAGGCUGGCAGUUUGGCUGCACUGGUGGCCGCUGUGGUCUCUUCCCCACCGACCUGGUGCAGUUGGCUGCAGCCCCUGAUUACCUCAGCACCAACAUGGACAGACGUGCAGAGCUAUGGAAGAGAAGGAAAUCUUCCCCAGAGAGCAGAAACACCAGCAGGGAGAGUUCUGUUCCCAGCCUGACAUCAGAACCCGACAGCACCAUGUUAGUCCCUGCUGGUGAUCGUUAUACCAUGAUUGACUUCGCCACAGCCUAUUUCCGGGAGGCUCAGUCCAUGCAGGGACUGCAGGGGACGUCUGCUGAAAAGAAGAGUAUAGCUGGCCUGGUCCGGCACACCAAGGUCCCAAUCCAGAUGUCUUUGCUCUGGUACUCUGACACUGAGCUGAAUGAGCUGGCUACAAAGAACUUCCAGACGCUGAUGCGGUUCAUGGGAGAUCAGCCCAAGCACAAGGACCAGACUGAGGUUGAAUGCAUCUAUGAAAUCCUUAAGCUAUGCAAGGAGAAGGAACAUUUGCAUGAUGAGGUCUACUGCCAGGUCAUCAAACAGGUCACCCACAACCCCAACCAGGAGAGCGUGCUGCGUGGCUGGUUGGUCCUGAAUCUGCUAACUGGAUACUUCCUUCCUACUAAAACCCUGAUGCCCUAUGCCACCAAGUUCCUGCAGCUAGCCAGCAGUGAUCCAUCCAGCACCCACCAUGAUAUAGCCAAGAUCUGUCAGAGCAACCUGCGGAAGAACUUCAUGUACGGGGGCCGCCGAAACCUUCCUUUCCCUGUGGAGAUGGAGGCACUGCUGAAGGGGCACGGUGCCCGCCGGCUGGUGAUACUGAUGCCUGGAGGCAUGGACUACCUCACCAGGAUCAGGACAUUCACGGUGGCCAAGGAGCUCUUGCAGGAGAUCUGUGAGCAGAUGGGAGUAGGUGAACAGGAAGAGAUACAGGACUUUUUUCUUUUUGCUAUCAGGACUGACAACAAAAAUCUUGGUAAAACAGUGAAGCCAAUAAAACCAGAGGAGUAUCUCCACGAUUACCUGCUGGAGGACAAGAUGGUCACCGUGACUUUGCGCAGGCUCACCUGGAGGACACCUCUGCACUUCGAGAACCAAAUCUAUACAGACGUGCACUAUGGACAGGUGCUGUGGGAUUACCUGAAUGGGAGGAUGCUGCUGACCCAUAGUAAAGAAAUGGAGAUGCAGGUGGGCCUUUUGGCAAUGCUCCAGCACUGGGCCAAACCAGAGCAGCAGAACUCUGCUCCCUCCGGGGAGGAGCUGAAGAAAUACACACCAAAGACCCUGCAGCACUCUAUCAGUUCCAUGGCUCUGGAGAACCAGGUCACCACAUUGCUGAGGACAAGGCAGCCCCUCCAGCCACUGGAUGCAAAAAUCCAGUUCAUAGAACAUGUGAUGAAAUUGCCUUUCUUUGGCUACACCAUGUUCAUCGUGGAGAGAGUCAGUGAUGAGACGAUCCCUGCGCCCUGUUUCUUUGGUGUGAAUAAAGAGGAGAUCAUUGUGGUGAAUGGCAUCACCAAGGCCGUGUCCCGGGUCAUUCCCCUGAAGGAGGUGCAGAAGAUGCGCACCCUGAAGCCCAUGUUCAAAGAUGGACUUCCUGGCUUGGAGCUGAACUACGGAUCACCUGCCACCCCCAAGACCAUGUGGAUUGAACUGAAACAGGCUAAAGAACUGUACCACACACUUGUUGUCAUCCUGGACAAAACAGAGCUCCACUCCUAGAGCCCGAAAGGAGGAGAAUGACCAAGGAAAACAGCUGUGUCUCUCUUCCUUUGUACUUGAUCAGUGCUCCCUGACCUGCUUUCUAGAAAGAACAUUUCCAAAAGACAGCCAUGACCUGAGACAGCUGCUUUCUAGGGCUGCCACCACAGUGUUUGUUGACGGACUGGACCACAAUGUCACCCCUGGUGACCUGCCAUUCAGUCCUCAAGUACUUCCUUGAAGCAAUCCAUGCUGUGGAUAAACAAACCACAAGGCCCUCUCCACACCACAGUUCCAACAAAGAGCAGCUGAACCAAUGCAAGCACUUGCCUUCAAGCAAUGCAGUGUGGAAGUCCUCUUUUCUUUCUUGAAUUAAUUAACAUUAGCAAAGCCUGGUGCUUGCUAGAGAUUUGUGUGUCCCAAUGCCCAGCUGAGGCUAUGCAAUGCCUGCACUGGCUGCUGGUGUUUUCCAGAGGCCAGUUUUGUCUCUGCAUUGAUAUGCACAAGGCCCUGGAACAGGAUUGGUGAAGCAGGAGUUUACAGAAAGCACCUUCAUUGAAAAGCAGAUCAGUGUUAAUAAUACAAUUAGUGCAUAUGCUGGGGCACAGAUUGAGCUGCAACGGUACCAAAGUUUAUUGUUAAUUAAUUUCUCACUGACAUAAUUAUAUGCAUCUGCUUCCCUCUGCUAUAAAGAAGUCAGUCAUGUCCAUGCAGCUGUCAGGCUUCAAUGGUGGCUCCAUGCCCACAGAGGAAGCACAUUCAAACAGCACUUAUAUUAUAGUAGAGUGUUUUGGGUUGUACAAAAAUGCCUAAUUUAUUUUUAUUGCCCUUUAGGAAAUUGCAAUAAAGUAAUCAU